AUGCCAUUCAAGAGAAAUGUGAACGGCAUCGAAGAUGUAGGUGGAGGUGGUAAUGGUAGAUCUUUAGGAGGAAAUGAGACUGGUACUGGAACAAGAGUCGGAGUUGGAGUUGGAUUCGGAUUUCAACAACAACAACAACAAUCAUAUAAUCAAUUUCAACAACAACAGGAAAGUAGUAGUAGUAGCCAUCACCAUCAUAGAUUACUUAGAUCAGCAACCAAUUCAUCAAUCAAUUCAUUGUUACCAGCCAAACCAACACAAAUAAUGAAUUUCUAUAAUGAUCAAGGCGACGGAGACUAUGAUCCAUAUCACCAAGAUUUGAUCCAAUUACCAGAGUCUCCUGAUCGUAGAUCUGACUAUAAUAAUAAUAAUAACAACAACUAUAAUGAUACUUCUUCUUCAGCUGCAAUGAACGGAUUAUAUCCGGAUAUGGCUAAUUACGGCUCACUUCUUCCUUCUCAACCAACACAAAAUAAUUAUAACUCACCACUGAUUUCCAAAGGAUCAUCCAAUCAAUAUCACCAACAAGAUACAACAACAACAACCUACAAACAACAAACCAACUCUCCGACGUCAGCCCUUAUCAUGCCCAAUAUUAAAAAGUGUCUAUCCAACUCUUACAAUUCCCUCCAAAAGAUAUUCCAAACCUCGCCUACCCCAACAACAUCGUCCGAAAAAGAUAAUUUAUAUAUGUAUAGAAAUGAUGAUUCAAUAUUGAAUAAUAUGAUUCCAAGCUUAAAAACAACUACUACCACCACUCAAAUUACAACGACUACAACUACUCAAUAUAUAGGUGGUAAACAGCAGCAGGAUCCUUUCAGUGGUGGUGGUGGCAUAUCCGAAAAUAAUAAUAAUAAUAAUAAUAUUGGUCUAAGAAAAAGAAACAAAAUACAAAUUCCAAGUCAUAUGACUGGCCAUGAUGAUGAUGUUGAUAAUAAUGAUAAUGAUAAUAAUGAUCUACUAGAUGAUGAUCAAUAUCAUGAUGAUUUAAUGACAUAUUCUCAACAACAACAACAACAACAACAUCAACCAAUAAUGUACAGCAAUAAUAACAAUAACAAUAAUAAUAAUAUAUAUGAUAAUAAUAGUGAUAUGGAUGAUAAUAUAUCAUUACCAAGUUCAUCAUCAUUUUCACCAAUGGAUUCACCAGUAUCGACACCAAUAUCAGAUACAUUGUCAAUGUAUAGUAACCAUAGUAAUGGUGGAAUGUUGUCUGCAACAGCUACAACGGCAUCACUACUUUCUCCAACCUCUUCAUCGUCAACCCCACCUUCAACAGUGUCACCAACCUUUUUAAAGAAUGGAGUAGUUAGUUUCCCAUCACCAUGUUUUAAAACGAUCGUUCCUUCUCCAACUACUUCUACCUCUAGUACUACUACCACUUCAACGGUUCCCAACAACAACAACACUGUCAUUACUGCCACCACCUCUUCAUCAUCUUCAUCCUCUUCUUUAUCAUCUUCCACUUCUUCAACAAAUAAUAUUAUCAAUAAUAAUAUUAAUAAUAUUGCAGCAGUUAAUAUUGCAGCGAUUGCAGCAGCAGUUGUUACAGCAGCAGCAUCAAUAACAUCUACUACAACGCCAAUCGAUUUCCAUCACCGACCUGCUAUGGUUAACCAUCAUACACCAUCUCCUCCAACAACUACAACAAAUAAUAUGAAUAAUACAUAUUCAGCCUUUGCUUCACCCACCCCAUCAUCUAAUAUGGGGUUGCCUCCCAUCCCACCAAACGAAAAUAUCUUUGGACAUCCACCUCAACAGUCUGCAUGGGAGUAUCACACGACGAGAUUCGUUGCACUCUUUCACAACUUUUCCGCAGGAUGUGUACAGGGCCAAGCUGUGCAUUGGCUUUUGUUUCACCAUCUUUUCGUUUAUCCCGUCGUGGAUUAUCUUUUUCUGGUUGAGUGGAUUGCACGAGCCGGCCGUGAUGGCCGUGUUGGCCAUGCCCAUGUCGGGUACAUCACUGUGGGUGCUGACCCGCACGGGGUCGACUCACUACCCAGGCCACAUCCUCUGCAUCACACUGUGUUUUGCGUUGACAAUGAACAGCUACUAUACCGGUGGACACCAGUCUACGCUCAGACUGCUGAUGAGUACCGUGCCCAUCAUCUCUGCGUUGGUGUGUGGUCGUCGCGCGUCGGUUCAGUGGUCGAUGAUUGUGCUCUUUAUCCUCGUGUCCUUUUUCGUGUGUAA